AUGGUGCUUUGGUACAAGCUAACCAGCGGGCUCGCAGCUCCUAUUAUGGAGUUGACAGGACACUCGGGAGAAAUAUUUGCGACUCGUUUCGACCCUACAGCGCAGAAUAUUGCGUCUGGUUCCAUGGAUCGUACCAUAAUGCUAUGGCGGACCUACGAACAAUGCGAAAACUACGGCGUCCUGACCGGACACAAAGGCGCUGUACUCGACUUGCAAUGGUCUCGAGACUCUCAGUUCAUCUUCUCGGCUUCUGCCGACAUGACAAUAGCCAGCUGGGACGUGGAGACCGGGCAGCGGAUUCGGAGGCACGUGGGCCAUGAAGAAGUGAUUAAUUGCUUGGACAUCAGCAGACGUGGCCAGGAGUUGCUUGUCAGCGGCAGUGACGAUGGCUAUAUCGGGAUCUGGGAUCCACGACACAAAGCGGCGCUCGAUUUCCUCGAAACGGAUUUUCCGAUUACGGCCGUUGCGCUGUCGGACGCUGGGAAUGAAAUCUUCACGGGUGGUAUUGACAACGAUAUAAAAGUCUGGGAUAUUCGAAAGAAGGCGGUCAUAUACUCAUUAUUCGGCCACAAUGAUACCGUAACAUCGCUCCAGAUAUCGCCCGAUUCGCAAACCCUGUUGUCCAACUCUCACGACUCGACCGUGCGCACAUGGGACAUCCGACCAUUUGCGCCCGCCGAUCGCUCCAUCAGGACUUUUGACGGGGCGCCAGUUGGGUUAGAGAAGAACCUCAUCCGCGCCAGUUGGGACCCCAAGGGAGAGAAAAUUGCGGCUGGAAGCGGAGAUCGUAGCGUUGUAGUGUGGGAUGUCAAGACGGGCAAGCUCCUCUACAAGCUCCCGGGUCAUAAGGGGACGGUGAACGACGUUCGCUUUUCUCCGAACGACGAGCCUAUUGUUGUCUCCGGCUCGUCCGAUCGAAAUAUCAUGCUUGGUGAACUCGGCAAGUAG